AUGGCCGGGGCCAUUCUCCGCCGCGUUACCCCCACCACCGCCAGCCCGCGCGUGGCGCCGCUGCCGCUACCUCUACCCGUACCCCUGCUCGCCCGGGGUGUCUCCGAUUCCACGGACGCGAUCACCGUGUCAACCUCGGUGCCGUUCAAGUCCCACAUCGUGGACCCGCCGCCGCGCGAGGCCACCACCUCGGCGCGGGAGCUGCUGGCCUUCUUCCGCGACAUGUCGCUGAUGCGGCGCGCCGAGAUCGCGGCGGACUCGCUCUACAAGGCCAAGCUCAUCCGGGGCUUCUGCCACCUCUACGACGGCCAGGAGGCCGUCGCCGUGGGCAUGGAGGCCGCCAUCACCCGCGCCGACGCCAUCACCACCGCCUACCGCGACCACUGCCUCUACCUCGCGCGCGGCGGGGACCUCGUCGCCGCCUUCGCCGAGCUCAUGGGCCGCCGGGACGGCUGCUCCAGGGGCAAGGGAGGCUCCAUGCACUUCUACAAGCGGGACGCCAACUUCUUCGGCGGCCAUGGCAUCGUCGGCGCGCAGGUGCCGCUUGGGUGCGGCAUCGCCUUCGCGCAGAGGUACAGGAAGGAGGGCACCGUCACGUUUGACCUCUAUGGCGACGGCGCCGCGAACCAGGGACAGCUCUUCGAGGCGCUUAACAUGGCCGCGCUCUGGAAGCUGCCUGUCGUAUUGGUCUGCGAGAACAAUCACUAUGGGAUGGGGACGGCAGAGUGGAGGGCCUCCAAGAGCCCGGCUUACUACAAGCGCGGGGACUAUGUGCCUGGGUUAAAGGUCGAUGGAAUGGAUGUUCUUGCUGUGAAGCAAGCUUGCAAAUUUGCCAAAGAACAUGUCCUUGAAAGUGGGCCAAUUAUCCUUGAGAUGGACACCUAUAGAUACCAUGGGCACUCUAUGUCAGAUCCCGGUAGCACCUACCGCACUAGGGAUGAGAUUGCUGGGAUAAGACAGGAGCGCGACCCAAUUGAAAGGGUUAGGAAGCUCAUAUUGGCCCAUGAAUUUGCAACGGCCCAAGAGUUAAAGGACAUGGAAAAGGAGUUAAGGAAGCAAGUUGACGCUGCCAUAGCUAAAGCGAAGGAGAGUCCAAUGCCUGAUCCAUCUGAGCUCUUCACAAAUGUUUAUGUUAAUGACUGCGGUUUGGAGUCCUUUGGAGUAGACAGGAAGGUGGUGAGGACCGUUCUUCCGUAG